UCAUGCUACUUGCAAGCAGCACAUUUGAAGGAGCCCCAGCAACGUGCACGGAGGAUGAACGAACCCUACAGCCCUGCAACGCCCCGACCCAUCAGCAGCACCUCGCCCAGCACCAUGAAAAUGUUCAUGGGCUUCCUCGCUGUAUUUACUGUAGCACAGAUGAUUGGGACCGUACUCUUCUGUUUGUAUCUUCACAUGAAGAUGGAUAAGAUGGAAGAGGUGUUGAGCUUAAAUGAAGAUUACAUCUUCGUGAGAAAAAUACAGAAAUGUCAGACAGCAGAAGGUCAGAAGUCGACAUUAUUGGACUGUGAAAAGAUUUUAAAGGGCUUCCAGGACCUCCAGUUCAAGGACGGGGGAGCCGGCAAGGGAGAGCCCAAGUUUGAAAUGCAGAGAGGCCAUAAGCACCAAGAGCAUCUCCAUUUGAUGCACAAAAAUGAGACGUCCGUGACAGCGGAGAAGAGGCAGCCGAUUGCAGCCCACCUGGCAGGUCUGAAAAGCAACAAGGUAGUCUCAGUGCUAGAGUGGCAGACAACGACGUAUGGCCCCAUGAACAACAGCUUGAUAUCCUACCAGGAUGGGAAACUGAAGGUGAAGGAAGCAGGGCUCUACUACAUCUACUCCCAAGUCAGCUUCUGCACCAAGGCAGCGACUUCAGCACCCUUCACCCUCUAUAUUUAUUUGUAUCUCCCCAUGGAAGAGGACCGGCUCUUGCUGAAGGGACUAGACACACACAGCACCUCCAAGUCUUUCUGUGACCUCCAGUCCAUCCGGGAGGGAGGUGUCUUCAAGCUCCGGGAGGGUGACAUGGUCUUUGUCAACGUGACAAACUCAACACAAGUGAACUACAGCCACGGCAGCACCUAUUUUGGCAUCUUCAAGCUGUAG